AUGUCGAACGAUUACAACACAACGUUAUUAAAUUGUUUCGCAGACUCAUCAGUUUGCGUUCUUGGCUGUUUUUGCCCAUGCAUUCUUUCUGGAAAGAAUAUGGCAAGAAUGUUAAACGAGGACUACAGACCAGUUUAUGGAUUAUGCUGCCCUUCACCAUUUUGGACACGCAGAUUACUCAGAAUUAGAUAUAAUUUCGAACCCGAUGAGGGACAUGAUUGCUUAAUAUUUACUUUCUGUUUGCCAUGCGGAAUAUGCCAAGAUGCACGCGAGUUGAACUUCCGUGAACAGACUGCAUAA